GGGUCACACAUUUGCUCGCCAUGUGAUUGUAGAUAAAGUGGGUAGCACAGAACUGACUUGUGAAGAUCAGAGACACUUUUUAUGAGGUGGAGAGAGGCUUACAGACAUGGAACUGCUGACAGCCGCCAUUCUUCUACAAAUGUUGGAUGCUUCUCAAGCUGCUCUCAUCUUUUCAGUCCAAUGGAACACCACUGAAUCUCCAACUAAGGGGCCAAAUGGAAAUCACACUGAACUUGGACAGUUCAGUCUGUCCAACCCCUGUGCUGGGGUUUUAAGGACCCGCAGUCGCUCUCACGCGAAUGUACCAGUCGACCUCAGCCUGACCAAUCGCAGCGCUGUGGCUGGGCACAUAUGCAGACACCUGGGCUGCGGGGAAGUGUAUGAGGUCAGACAACACACGACCGCAGACAGCAGCACCUGUGUCACUGACUGCGUCUAUGAAGACCCCGGGAAGCUCAACUGCACAGAGGCCAAGCCUGGCACCUGCUUAAAUGUGACGGAGAUAUACUGUGACCCCCCAGGUCCGGCUAUCCGAUUAGCCAAUGGCACAGACCCCUGCGAGGGCCGCGUGGAGGUGUGGAACCACACUGACUGGGGCUCAGUGUGUGACGAUGGGUGGGAUGUAAAGGCGGGGGAUGUGGUGUGUGCCCAGCUAGACUGUGGGUCUGCCCAUAAGGUCACAGGAGAGGGCGGGCCCUUCCCGUCCGGCUCUGGACACAUCCUCCUGGACGAGCUGAACUGCACGGGCUCUGAAAAGGACCUGUGGCAGUGUGUCACCCCAAGGACUGGACAGACACACGACUGUGGACACAAAGAGGAUGCUGGAGUGGUGUGCACAGGAUUCACAUGA